UUCCAAAACAUGGCGGCGCUCUUGAGUGGAGGCAUGGGAUAGAGGUGUUUGCUGACAUGUGGUCUGUGGUAUACUGCGCUGUCCGUGCUGGCUCUGCCAGAGCUUUGCCUAUGAUGGGGAGGAGACCGGGUCAAUUAACUGCUUUGUUAAAGAAACAAGAGAUUCAACGGGUCAGUUUGUUUGCUGCGUGCGUACAUGGAAAGGACUCCGCAAUAGGAUGCUUACUUGGAGUGAGUCAGGAACAGCAUUCCAGUGAGACUCUGAUCCCGCAACCACCAGCAGUUUCUUUUAAUAAAGCUGAACAAGACAGUUUGUUAUCUCAUGAACCGGACCAGCCUGAUGAUGCAAAGAUUCUAAAAGUUGCCAUCAUAGGAGCACCAAAUGCAGGAAAAUCCACCUUAUCCAACCAGCUACUGGGAAGAAAGGUUUUUCCAGUAUCCAAGAAGGUUCACACCACUCGCUGCCAAGCACAGGGUGUUAUCACGGAGGGUGAUACACAAAUAAUUCUCCUGGAUACUCCUGGCUUGAUAAAUCCUGCUAAAGGCAAAAGACAUAAUCUGGAGAAGUCACUACUGCAAGACCCCUGGGACUCAAUGAAUCAUGCGGAUGUAGUUUUGGUUCUGGUGGAUGUUUCUGACAUCUGGACAAGAAGUUCUUUGAGCUUUGAAGUACUUAAAUGCCUGUUUCAGUAUUCACAUAUCCCUAGUAUACUGGUGAUGAACAAGGUCGAUUUGGUGAAGAAAAAGUGGUCUUUGCUUGAAUUAACAAACCAGUUGACCGAGGGAAUAGUGAACAGGAAGAAAGCUCUAGUAAAAACUGUGCUUAAACCAUCAUCUGGUCAAAACCCUAACUCAUUGAAAUCACAGAAACUUGACACUUCCUUGUCUUUGAAGCAACAGCCAACAGAGGUGGUGAGACAAUCUGAGAACAUGAACAAACCUGCUGAGGAUAGCGAAUCACAUCAGAUAUCUGAGGAUUCCUCUGACACAACUGAUAAAUGGGUAGAUGGUCUUAAAGGGCUGAAGAACAAGAAAGGCUGGCCUCACUUCCAGGAGGUGUUUAUGCUUUCAGCUGUGAAUGGAGAUGAGGUUAAAACACUAAAGAGGUACCUUCUUAAUCUUGCCAAGCCUAACAAGUGGGAAUAUCACAGUGAUGUUCUUACUACUCAGACACCACAGGAAAUCUGCAACAAUAUAAUACGUGAGAAGUUACUGGAGUAUCUGCCUCAAGAGAUUCCAUACAACGUCACCCAGGUGACAGAAGUAUGGGAAGAAGGUGCUGGUGGUGAGUUGGUCAUUCGGCAGGCAUUACUAGUAGAAAAGGAAAAUCAGGUGAAAAUUCUGAUUGGCCGUGGAGGCCAGAUAAUUAGCAAGAUUGCACAGGAGGCUGGUCAAGAUCUAAUGAAUAUUUUCCUAUGUGACGUUCGACUGAGACUCUUUGUCAAAGUUAAAAAGUGAUUCCUGCGGUUAACUUAUUACUUAUGACCCCAUUUUUGCUUGCAUACAAAGGACAGUGCAGAAGAUGGUCCCAAGCCAUUGCAUUUGUUUAUUGGUGUUUGGAUUCUUUGUUGCAAAACAGCCUUACAAGCCUAGAAGGAAACAGAACUAAAGCCUCUUCUAAACAAACUUCUGUUUGUUGAGCAUUGUCAUCUUGAAAAAUGCAAAGAUACAAUGAGAGGAGUCUUAAUUUGUGCUGAAUUGUGGUAAUGAGUUUUUAUUCUAAAAUAAUCUUGUAAUUUUCUUAUGCUUCCAUUGAAUGACAAUUGUGCUAUACAAGAGGUUUCUGUGUGCGCUAAAGAUUUGCAUAAGGAAAAUGAUGCACUAAGUACAGUUUAAUAAAUUGCAAGCAGGUGGUUGAGAGGAGUGAAGCCAGAGAAAAGACACUUUUGAAAAGAAUUGUUGCUUUGCAGAUGUGAUGGGGGAUGUCAAAAUGUGUAUAUUUAAAAUAUUAAGAAAUGAAAAGAACUGCGAUUCUAUGAAUGUUGCUUUAAAGGGACAUAACAGUCAAAACUGGAACGUCCAUGAGUGCAUUUCAAUUUUCUAUACAAACAUUUGUAAUACUGUUUUAGGGGGCAUAUGUGCAUAUUUAUUCACUGCAUUCACAUUCAAACACCACUUCUGCUCAGUGAGUCGAUGGUGUUACAUAUUUUGUCCGCAACGACUUAUAAUUCUUAAUGCAAACCGCCACUGACUCUCUAAGGAGGGGCAGUAUUUGAACGCAGGUUCACUGGGUAUGCUCAACAUAUGUACAUAUUAUAAACUGUAAAAAUGUGAUAUCCCUUUAAUGCCAGCAUCUUCAUGUAAUCAUUAGCAGAAAUCCGGUGUUUGUAUAAAUAUAUAAAUUACUUCCAUUUAUUAUACCUGUCAUGACUAAACCUAUUAGGCUAUUUUAUGUUUCCUACCUGAUAUAAUUACCUGACCAUAUAGAUGCAAAUCAUCCUGACGUCCAGAGAAACAUAUUGUCAUGUGGCACCAUGUGCUGAACAGAGACCAUUGUGUUUCCCAGAAUUACUGUAUAUAUUAAGCAUAUUACUAAAUAAACCUUGUAAAACUUU